UCAAAUUCUUAUCCAUUUUCCCUUUAGCUUCAAUUCAACACUGAACCACAGUUAACAAAAACAAGAACAAGAACAAGAAAGAACACGACCACUUCAAUUUCAUCCUCUUUCUUCUGUAACCAACUAAAAAUGCUUCUUCAGACAAGACACUUCACUGCACCAUGUUUCACACUAACAAAACCAACAACAACAUCAACUACAAAAAUCUCAACUCACCCUUCAAAUUCAAUCUCAUUCCGUAACACAAAAUGUUCAAUUUCAACAACCCAAUUUGAAGUAUUGAAAACCGAUAACAAAAUCAAAAAACCAUUUCCAGCUGAGGUAUCAAGAACCAUUAUGGAUUUAGCUAGGGUUGGCACACUUUCUACAUUAACCCAACAGGGUUUUCCAAUUGGUAUUGGUGUUCGUUUCGUUGUUGAUUCGGAAGAUGGAAACCCUUUUUUCUAUUUCAAUCAUAAUUCCAUUCCCAUUACCAAUAACAAUAUUGAUACCCCUUCUUCACUUCAUGUUAAGUUUUUGCAAUCUGGAUUGCGGACUCCUCAGUGUACACUUCAAGGAACACUUAAAAAACCUCAAGAUCCAGUUUUGAUCAAGCGGCUUGCUUCUUUGUGGAAGAAGAGGUUUGGAGAAGAAGUUAAUCAAGAAUUUAUGUAUAUUAUUGCUGUAGAUAGGGUGCUGCAUUUGGAUGACUUCCAGGAGGACGGUGUGUGGUUUACCUCUUUAGACUACAAAAAUGCUCAACCUGACCCCCUUCGAGAGUUUGCUGAGAAUUUAGUCGCUGAAAUUAACGCCAAUAAUAUGGAAGACAUUACUCGUUUUUGCAAUAUAUAUGUUGAUUUGGAUUUCCAGGUCUCAGAAGCAAAGAUGAUAUGGGUAGAUCGCUUGGGCUUGGAUAUGCGUUUGUUUUCUCCUAACAACGGUUUAUUUGAGGUCCGCAUUCCUUUCCCUAGAGAAGUCACUGAUGAAAAAGGUGCCAAGUCAACAUUUAAUUGUAUGUCUCAAUUGGCUUGGGAGGUAGAAAAAAACUACCAUCCUCUGGAUUUUGAGAAGGUUACACAAUUGAAACACAUAAAGUCAUGAUGCUCGAGUUAUCAUUUUUUUGCACAACCAUCAAAUAUGCAAGGUGAAGCUUUGUAAUUUUUAUAAGAAUAUGACCAUUUUUACGGUUUUGUAUUUCGUGUUGGUUCAUUUGAGGCUUGAUAUAGAGAUAACAUUGAAGACUAAGCUUAACUAAGUUUUGCAAGGUAGCAAUGAUAACAUAGUGGAAUUACUGCUAUAGUGACUUAUAGUGAA